CUGAAGAUAUAGUAGUGCUUCAUCCUCGUGAUAUUGUAAAUCAUGUAUGCUCUGAAGUGGGUGCUGAAGCUGCUGAACAUUGUAUAUAUGUGUUUACUUUUGAUGCUUGCCACUCAAAGUCAAAUUAUAAAAGUGUAUACUUAAGUGCAAGUGUAGUUGAUAGCGAGGGCAAAUUAGUUCCUAUAGCUUUUGCUAUAUGCUCAGUUGAAAAUUCUAAUAAUUGGAUGUGGUUUUGUGAGCACUUAUAUAUAGCUCUUCCAAGAAUGAACUCAGACAAAACUGUAAUUAUAAGUGACUACAAAAAG